AUGCGCCAGCGCCUCUUCGACGAGAAGGCUGACAUCAUCAUCUACAUUAAGGACAGGUGUGUUAGUAUCUCCUCUCGCCUGUGGGCUGUCUUCAAACGUCCAGAGGUGUCCCAGCUGUGAUUUUCCAAGGCGUUGCCUUUGAGGAUUAUCUGUGAUAACGUGCGGGAUCCAGGGAACCCGGGUGCGACACUACGCCGUGCCGCUGCCUCCGGAUGCCACAGUGUGCUGCUCACUACAGGUUGUGUGGAUGUCUGGGAGCCCAAGGUCCUGUGCUGCCACUUUCGCCUUCCUGUAAUCCCUAGUCUGUCCUGGUCCCAUAUACAGUUUCACCUUCCUCCCUCGGCGACUGUCCACGUAGCUGACAACUCGAGCAGCUCCGUGACCGUGCUGGAACUCGCAGACUACGGCUGGGUCAGCCGCCGCCAUAUCUCCAGGAAAGUGUACUGUGAAGAUGAGGAUGAAGAGGACAAGGUGGGUGGGUCUAGGCAGGCAAGCCCGGUUUUAGAGACUCAGCAUUAUCAUAUGAGUUGGACUGGUAACCACACGGCCAUCGUGAUUGGUGGAGAGACUCACGGUUCGAGCCAGGAAGAAUUACGGUUGGCUGAGGAAACGAGGGGGCGGAGACUAUCGAUCCCAAUGGUUUGAGGAGUGGACAGUCAGAAUGCAGCCAUGGCUGCGAGUGUGCUGCUGUUUGAGGGAAGGAGACAACUGAAAGGGCAAGUUUUAGAAUGUCUUGUACAUAAGCUUUGCAGCUAAACCCCCAACCCAAGAAGAAACAGUGCGAGAGUUGGAUUCUCGAAUCUGAUUGGUCAGAAGCCGUUUAUUAAUUUUCUAUAACAGCAGCUUGGACAAAACCGCCAGCCACAGGUUUAUACGAACACCCUCGUUCUAAUACGCCAUCGUUUCUAUAGUAACUGGUCAUUCACAAGCGACUUACAUGGCGGACUAGGUUGAAAAAAACAACAACAAAAAACCGUGUAAUCGUUGACAUGGUGAGGUUUUCUGCAAGGAGUUUAUUUACCGUUUAUGGAAGGAGUCUCCAGUGUCAGCGCUUUGUAACAGUCAGACUUAAAGCUGUAACUUUUACGACAUAGGGAAGUGUUCACAAGCUGGCGGUUUGUUUCACGGACGUUCCACGAUAUUAAGCGUAACUAUAAAUGGAUAAAAAGUGCAACGUGCCGUUCUUUAAUCAAUAAAAUUUGUAAUCAUUGGCAAAUCGCUGUGGAAUAUGAAGACUUGUUGAUAUUAAUGAAAAUGUUUGAAUUUAUACUGUGGAUUGUA